AUGCAGCUUCCUGGGAGUUUUUGGGAACAUUGCUCUCCAGUGUGCCCAUCAUCAUGGUGAUGACAUUGACACCUACCUUCACACUGUGUGGCUGGGCCCAGCACUUCCUGCAGAGUUCUCAGGCUAUCCUUGUGCCCAUUUCGAAGUUGGCAGCAACCUCACUGUUGAGAAUGGCAUGUUGGGAGCUGGGGGUGGUGAGCAUCCCCCAAGAGCUGCAGAUCUACCUUCACCACAGGUGCUUUGGAAAUCCCCUCUAUUGUGAGGUCCUAUGCCAGGACCUUCUUUCUAAGGACAUACUGCUCUUUCAUGACCUCCAAAAGGAGGAGGAGGAAAACAGCAAGUGGGAGACCCUCUCAGCCAGUGCCGUGAAAUCCUCAAUGUAUAGUAUUUCUCCUGCCAGCUCUGAAGACCAGGAACUUUAUGUCUGCACAGUCAAGGAUGGUAUAAACUUGGAUACAGUGCCUCUCCCACCUUUGUUAAAAGAAAUAGCAGUAAACCAACUGGAUCAACUGAGCUCAGAGGAACAGUUGCUGGUCAAGUGUGCUGCAAUCAUUGGUCACUCCUUCCGUAGAGAUCUGCUGCAGCACCUCCUGCCUUGCUGGGAUAAAAAUAAGCUACUUCAGGUGUUGAGGGCUCUUGUAGAUAUACAUGUGCUCCACUGGUUCAACAAGAGCCAAGAGCUUCCUGCUGAGCCCAUAUUAGUGCCUUCCUCUAUCCAUAUCAUUGAUCAAACCAAAGAGAAGAAGAAAAAGUCAGAUUUUGGUUCAGCCUCUCUUAGGCUACAAGAGGAACUAUUCCUACUUCAAACUGAGGUGCUGGAAUUUGGAGUGCCUCUAUUACGGGAAGCUGCUUGGGAGCUGUGGCCCAAAGAACAACAGAUAGCUCUGCACCUUGAAUGUGCCUGUUUUCUCCAAGAUUUGGCCUGCCGCUGUGGGAGUUGCCAUGGAGGGGACUUUGUCCUCUUCCAUCGAUUUGCAAUCUGUUCUACUAAGAGCUCUAGUGGGACCACCAGAUUCUGUACUUACAAAGAUACUGGUUCCGUGCUAUCACAAGUGAUCACAGACAAAUUGCAGCUGCCUUCUCCCCAAGAGAGUUUUCAGUUCCAGACAAAACCAUCCAGAAGUCAGGAGGCCUUCUCAAGUGAACACUGCAGAACAGAGGAGGAGUUCCUGAAUCAAGUUAACAGGAAGUUGGCUCAGACCAGCCCCAAAAAAGACCUGUUGACUACAAAGCCUUGUCACUGUGAGGAAAUCCUGAAAUUAGUGCUCUCACCCCUCACCCAGCACUGCAUGGUCAUUGGAGAAACCAAUUGUGCAUUUUAUUACCUGCUGGAGGCUGCUGCUGCCUCCUUGGACCUGUCAGAUAAUUACAUGGCCUUUUCUUAUCUGAGGAAGGCAAGCAGUGUUCUGGGCCAAGCCUCAGCAUUCUCAUUCUUAAAAAAGCGCAAGGUGAAGAUCUGUCAGUUCGAAGAGGCUACUUUCUGCUGUCUUCGGUCAGAGGUCUGUUUUAACAUGGGACAGAUCACCUUGGCCAAAAAAUUGGCUAGGCAAGCUCUUCAACUGCUGAAAAGGAGUUUCCCUUCGACCUGGUUUGGUGUCCUUUUCCAAACAUUCCUGGAAAAGUAUUGGCAUUCCUGUUCCCUGAUCCAACCCCCAGACAACCCUAGUGAGAAUAAGAAGAAGCUAGCAGUCCUGCAGCAGCGGGUGCAUGCCCUCUCACUGCUCUGGCAGCUCUAUAACCUAGAGGCCACAGCCAACAGCCACAGGUUUGCCUGCCUGGCCACUCUUAUGCAGAAGAAUUCGGCUGAGGAGUUUGCAAAUGAAGCCCAGGUUGUCUCUACCUAUGUGGACCUCUCCCAGUUCUCCCAGAGCAUGGGUGACAGGGACAAGUGGCUGCACUGUGAACAAAUGGCCAUUCAGAAAAGCAGCCUAUGUUGGUUCUCCAGAGAGGGAUUGUUGGCCACAGCCCAGCUCAUGCAAGCCUUGGCCUACACCAAGCUCUGCCUAGGCCAUCUUGACUUCUCCAUCAAGCUGGGUUUUCAAGCUCUUGAGAUAUGCAGACACCUCAAGAAACCAGCCCUGGAGAAUCUGGUUCUCUCAGUUCUCUUCAGAUCUGCAUUUCUGGAGAAGAAAUUUGAUCUGUGUGUCCAUGUGUUGGAGAGUCAGUGGGCGCUCAUUUCCCAGGGUCAUGAUGUCCUCAGCCUGGCCUGCUUCUACUCUGCUUGCUUAGAUCUGCUGCUCUAUGGAAAAGGAUUGCUGUGUAGGCCCUUUGGCGAGUGUCUCCACUUCAUUCAACACUACGAGCACAGCUGUGUUCUAACCUCUCAGAGCAAUGUCAUGCUGGGAGUUCACUCCUCCCUGGCCAUGUGGUUUGCCCAAGACUCACAGUGGGACCUGUUUGAGCACCACUUCUCCAAGGCUUGCCAGUUGGUGAAAAGAACCAAUGCUUCACUAUUUGGUUCACAUGGCUUUGUUCGAUUUCUAGAGUGCCACGUGCUGAUGUUACAGAAAAUGCCAGCGGGUGUCUUCAUGCAUAUUCCCCCUGAGACUUACAGCCAAGCCCUCAAGUAUUUUAAAGAGUUCUUCUCUCGAUGUGUGACCUGCCCUGUUUAUCACCAGCGGGUCUCUGAACUUAAGGCCUCUGUAAUGAGAUGUGGGAAAAGAGAAUCCAUCAGACCUUAUGACACUUGUUUGACCAGGAUUUGGAUAGAGGGAGAAUUCCUGGAGGAAAACAAGUCUUAUGAAAGAAAUUUAGGAACACAGAGAUUUGACUGAGUGGCUGAUGUCAAGGAGAAUAAAAAAACAGAAGAAACUCAAGAAUGUAUAUGUUAAAAAAAAAUCUGAAGG